CUCUCUCCUUCUCUCCCUCUCUGCCUCCCUGCCUUCCUGCCUCUUGCCCCCUCCCCUUUCCAGUCCCUUCCACGCCCUUCACCUCCAUCUCCCCUGUGUUCUUUUCUCCGUCCGGCGCCCCGUUGGCCCUCCAGAUUUCUACACCAUGCGGCCGCUCACUGACGAGGAGACUCGUGUUUUUUUCGAGAAGCUGAUGAACUACAUCGGGGAUAACAUUUCCUUCCUGGUCGAGCGGCCAGACGAGCCACACUGCUUCCGCCUUGUCAAGGAUCGCGUCUACUACAUGAGCGAGAAGGUGAUGCUUUGGUCCACCAACAUGGCCCGCGACAACCUGCUGGCCCUGGGUACCUGCUUCGGCAAGUUCACCAAGACCGGCAAGUUCCGUCUGCACGUCACCGCCCUCGACUACCUGGCCCAGUAUGCCAAGUUCAAGGUCUGGAUCAAGCCCAACGGCGAGAUGUCCUUCCUGUACGGCAACCACAUUGCCAAGGCCCAUGUUGGCCGGCUGACCGAUGACAUCCCCAUGUAUGCUGGGGUGGUGGUCUUCAACAUGGCCGACGUGCCGCUGGGCUUCGGCGUGGCGGCCCAGACGACCGAGGCCGCGCGCAAGCUCGACCCGACCGCCAUCAUGGCCUUCCACCAGGCCGAUGUGGGCGAGUACCUCCGCAGCGAGGAUACCCUGGCGUAAGAGCCAGGGCCGGGGAGUGGCCCGAGGGACCGGCAGCCGGCCGGACCGGGCCCGGGGGGUCCACCGGGAUGCCAGGCACCCGGCGGUAGCAUGGACGUGUGUCCGCUGCGCUGCGGCGACAUCCUUCCUCAUUCCCAGCAUGAUGCCUCCUUCUGGUUGUGCGCGCAUCGCACCGCUCCGGGGCGCUUGCACAUGGCCGAGCACCGAGUAGUGGCACCGGGCCGAGGUCUUCUCCUCCCGGGGACGUGACUUUCUCCCCUCGCUGCAGUAGAGACGCCGCGCGCUGGCGAAGCAGCAUGUGCACCCGGUUCCUCCCUCGUGCCCUCCCUUUGCGUCUUUUCCCCCUUCCCCCCCCCCCUCUCCUCUGUCCUUCUACCUCUCCACCUCCUGGAUCCACUUGUUUUUUCAUAAAUAUAUCGUCAAAAUUCGUCCAA